AUGUCCUCAUCACCAAAAACAUCAGGGAGUUAUCCAGCAAAUUGCUGUUAUCAACAAUCGCCCUAUGGAAAUAAUCCUAAUGGACCAUACUCUCUUGUACCACCGCCACCACCAACAUCACAUCAUCAUCAUCAACAACUAGUCAAUAAUAAUGGUCAAACAUUAUCACCAACAUCUUUAUCUAUGGUCUAUAAUAAUGUUCAACAACAGCCAACUUCAUCAGCAUCACCGCCCUAUGGAACACAUUCAUCAUUGAAUGUUCUUCAUACGCUUUCACCAACACGUUAUCAAAAUCAACAAAUCGCUGAUAAGACAAAUAACAGUUCAUCAACAGUUAUAACCAAUGGACAAGUACCAUCGAUGCCAGUUAAUAAUGUUACAAAUAGUGCGGCUGCAUUGGCUGCUGCUACAGCAUAUAGAAGAAAUUUUAAUGCAUGCGCUAAACCACCAUAUAGUUAUAUAUCUUUAAUCACAAUGGCUAUACAAUUAUCGGCAAAUCGUAUGUGUACAUUGUCUGAAAUUUAUCAAUUUAUAAUGGAUUCAUUUCCAUAUUACCGUCAAAAUCAACAACGAUGGCAAAAUUCUAUUCGUCAUUCAUUAAGUUUUAAUGACUGUUUUGUUAAAGUACCACGAAGCCCUGAUCGACCAGGCAAAGGUUCUUAUUGGACAUUACAUCAAGAUGCAACCAAUAUGUUUGAAAAUGGAUGUUAUCUUCGACGACAAAAACGUUUUAAAUCUUUUGUAGGUAAUAAACGUGAAAUGUCAUGUCGGCUACCACAUGAUCGAGACUCUAAUAAUAAUACUCGACGUAAUGGAGUAAAUAAUAGUCUUGAUAAAUCUACAACGUCAACAGGCAGUGGACAACGAAGUCCACUUUCAUCAGCAUCAGAUAAAUCAUGCGAUGAACAAUUAAUGCUUAUGCAACAUCAUCAUCAACAUCAGCAACAGCAACAGCAACAGCAACAACAGCAACAACAACAACAACAACAAAGAUCGAUGUAUAUGCAACAGCAACAACAAACAUUAGCAGCAUCGGAGUCACCCGAUUCACGUAAUUUACAACUUUCAUCAUCAUCAAGUUCAGCUGUUGGCGUUAAACAACUUAAACAGGAACAGUGUGAAUUCAAUCAAAUGUCAUUUGAUCCGCAUACAUUUAGUGGUUAUUCACCAUUUGCUAUCAAUUCACUUAUGAUGCACCCAGGUUUUGGCGAUAAUCCAGCCGCAUUAAAUGCAUAUUAUGCGUCGCAAUUGCCACAGACAGCUUUUGUACCAUCAUCAUCAACAGAUUAUUAUCAUCAUUCGGCUAUGUAUGCAACACAACCAGCUGCGUUGUGA